GAAGCAGUAGUUUUUAGACGUGUGUGAACACAAAGUCGAUGCAAGAAGUGUAGAAACUGUUUUAGCAAAGCUGACUGCAAUAUAAAGAGAGGUGCUGCAGUCCUGAUGAUUACAGUUUUAUCCCGAGCACACAGUCAGACGGGAGCUCCGAUGGGACUCCUGGUGCCACUGGUCACUUUGGCUCUGGUCCAGGUUUCAGUGUUUGGAGACACGGGAUGCAGUGGGUUUAAGAAUCUGGACAAUGGACAGACAUUUUUCCGGUAUGGUGGACUGAUGGUGAUCUUCCGCUGUCAUCCGGGAUACAAGCUCCAUGGACACAAAACCAACAGCUGUGUGUCUGGACACUGGUCUCGAGAGCUCCCGGUUUGUGUUGGUUCAGGGUGCCCCCAUCCAGGCUCAAUCAACCACGGGACAAGCAGGAUGAAUGAGGAUGGCUCCUGGACAGAGUUCAGCUGUAAUAGAGGCUUUCGCUUACACGGCCCUUUAAUGAUAUACUGCAAGGGCCACACCUGGAACAGCACAAAGCCAGUCUGCAAAGAGGCAGACAUUAUGAGCUCAGUUUCACUCAACAGCCUCUACGACUUGAACGCGCUCCAGAAACUCCAGAUUUCUGCAGCUUUAAAACAUCAGCUCCUCCACUUCAAAGCUGUCGGUGGCGGGGCUUCCAAAGAAGCACGCCUCAGAUUCGAUCGUUUGCCUUACGCGCCAUUCAAAAUGUUAAAGGGUGAGAGAUAUAAUCUAACAAACCCAAGAGGCGACCUCAUUGAGCGGAGUCAGUGUUCCAGCGAUGGGACAGAGACAACCCAAGGAACCAGAAGGUUUGGCACUGUGGCGCAGACUUCACAUGAUUCAGCGAGAAAUUUGGAUAAAGCUACACAAAUGUUUUCCUCAGAAGAUCAUUUUCCUCCCACUGUCCGGUCUGCUCAUCAAACAGAGCGUUCAGCAUACGAGCCGCGUCUUUCAACCACAUCUGCACCAGCUGGUCCCGCUGUUACUGCAGCACCUGCAGGUGGAGCUCUGCACCGGUCCACUACUUCUUCCGUGGCUUCGUCCUCCUCUGGUCCCAGUUCCACCCAGUUCAGCACGCAAACACAGAUCUCGGAUAACGUCACCCUUCUUUCAGACGUCUCCAACUCAACUGACUUGAGAUCCUCCUGGAGGGAAUUUCACAACUACACACAGUCCAGCACGUCAAAGCCAGUUGUGCAUCUUCGAACUAUGUUCCCAUACCCACCUGUGCCUCUUCACGGGACGUUUUACUUCCACAAUCUAGAGAACCCAGGCCCCAGUGAGUUUAAAUAUUACAUCCAGUACGCCUGUUACAGUGGGUAUACUCUGGCUCAUGGAGACGUAAGCAGCUACUGCCAGCCUGGAGGCGGGUGGAGCCGAGUCACCCCCAUCUGUCAGGAUCUGGACGAGUGCGCAGAGGGGCAGCAUCAGUGUCAGCAUCAGUGUCAGCAGAGUUGCAUCAACACAUUUGGCUCCUUCAGGUGCGGCUGUCAUGUCGGGUACCAACCAACUCCUGACCAGGCUUCCUGCGUCGAUGUUGACGAGUGCCUGCUGCCGGCAGCGGUCACAGGUUGUGUGUUUGGCUGUGUUAACACUCCUGGGAGCUUCCUCUGCUCUUGUCCAGAUGGCUUCAGCCGGCUGAGUGCAGAUGGCCGCUGCCAAGACAUAGAUGAGUGUGCAGUUAAUAACGGACUUGGACCCUGCAAGCUGCGGUGCCACAACUUGCCAGGAUCCUACAGGUGCUCCUGCUCUUCGGGCUACAUCUUAGCAGGAGACGGACACAACUGCUUUGCAGAGUGUCCACCUGGAUACAGGAAGAAACCACUUACACUACCAGAAAAUUCAACAGGACAAAAUCCAAAGCUGGAGUGCGUAGAUAUAAACGAAUGCCUGGAGAACAUGUGUGAAUGGCAGUGCAUCAAUCUGCCUGGCUCCCACCGCUGCAUCUGCCCCCGAGGAUACACACUGCACCGAGACGGGCGACAUUGCAAAGAUAUUAAUGAGUGCAACCAGAAGAAUGGAGGCUGCUCUCAUUUGUGUUUGAACAGAAGAGGAGGUUAUAAGUGUGCGUGUCCGGCCUCCCAUCGUAUGUCUCCUUUCAGCUGGAAGAAAUGUUUGCUUAAGACAACAGCGCCCUCCGCUGGCUGAGCUCUUCAUCUCCUCUGCUAAACAUCGGGCUUUUGUUCAACACUGACAACUUGGUAUUUAAAAUAUUUUAUUGAAAUAUUAAUAAUUAAUUUCUGGUUCCUGGUCCUUCGCCUUUAUUUUGCCUGUAACUUUUCAGCUUUUCAGGCAAUGGGAUAGGAUAAAUAUUCUCUAUUUUAUCUUCCAAUACUUACCCAGACUUGGAAAAUACUUCAAUUCUAUAUUUUUGUAGAAAGCCUAAUUCAUAUCCUUAAUAUCAUCAGUGUCACUGUUAGUAUAGACUUACACUAACAGUGACACUAACCUGCUGUAUUUAAUAAAGUAUGUGUAAUUAAUAGUUUUAAAGAAAAAAAAUUGACAUUUUAACAUGUUAUUACAAAACACUAAAAGUUGAACAGUUGGACAGAAUGAAUCUACAUCAAACAGCGGUGAGGAGCUUGGAGGUUUCCUGAAGUCUUUCACACAUCAGUAUUGGACAACACAUCAUUUUUCUAUAAAAUUGAUAAAUAUACUAUGCUGUAACUA